AUGUCACCCAAAUUACUGGCUUACUUUUCACUUCUGUCAGUUUUUCACACCUGCUCGCAAACAACUGAUUAUGAUGAGGACUACGAGGAUGUUACUGUGAACCAGAUGCUGGUCCCUAAAUCACAGGAGACCGACACAACACAGAUACUGAACAAUUUGCUGAAGGAAUAUGACAAAAAACUGCGGCCAGAUAUCGGAGUUAAACCAACUGUCAUAGACGUCGACAUAUAUGUGAACAGCAUUGGACCUGUGUCUUCAAUAAAUAUGGAAUACCAAAUCGACAUCAUCUUUGCUCAGACAUGGACAGACAGUCGCCUCAGAUACAACAGCACAAUGAAAAUACUGACUUUAAACAGCAAUAUGGUUGGGCUUAUUUGGCUACCAGAUACCAUCUUCAGAAACUCUAAGAAUGCAGAUUCCCAUUGGAUUACAACACCAAAUCAGCUCCUCAGAAUAUGGAAUGAUGGGAAGAUACUUUACACUCUCAGACUUACCAUUAAUGCAGAAUGCUUGUUGCAGCUACAUAACUUUCCUAUGGACGAGCACUCCUGUCCACUCAUCUUCUCCAGCUAUGGAUACCCACAAGAUGAGAUGAUUUACAAGUGGAGGAAGAACUCCGUGGAGGCAGCUGACCAAAAGUCCUGGCGACUCUAUCAGUUUGAUUUUAUGGGCUUGAGAAAUACUUCAGACAUAAUAAAGACCACAGCAGGUGAUUAUGUGGUGAUGACCGUAUAUUUCGACCUGAGUAGAAGAAUGGGCUACUUCACCAUCCAGACUUACAUCCCUUGCAUCCUCACUGUGGUUCUCUCCUGGGUGUCUUUCUGGAUCAAAAAGGAUGCCACACCAGCCAGAACGGCAUUAGGUAUAACCACAGUGUUGACCAUGACAACUCUCAGUACAGUGGCGCGGACAUCACUUCCCAGGGUGUCUUAUGUCACCGCUAUGGAUCUGUUUGUCACUGUCUGCUUCCUCUUCGUCUUUGCUGCUCUGAUGGAAUACGCCACAUUAAAUUACUACUCACACAGUGCCCGAAGACCCAGUUGCAGCAAAACUAAGAGAUCGAAUUACUCUGUUCUAGACAUGAGACCACCUCACACGAUCAUCGCAUUGAACAACUCCAUGUACUGGCAGGAGUUUGAGGACGCUUGUGUCUAUGAGUGCCUGGACGGAAAAGACUGCCAGAGCUUUUUCUGCUGCUAUGAGGAGUGUAAGGGGGGAGCGUGGCGAAAAGGACGCGUUCACAUAGAUAUCCUCGAACUGGACGCAUACUCCCGUGUCUUCUUCCCCACCUCUUUCUUGCUUUUCAAUGUUGUCUACUGGGUAGGGUAUCUCUACCUUUAG